AUGGAGGUGGCGGCAUCCAUAGUGGGGCUUCUCACUGCAGCCUCUCAGGUUUAUAUCACCCUGAAUGCGUUCCUCUCUUCAUGUCGUGAUGCGCCAAUUAUCGCCCAAACUACACGCGAUGAGAUUCGAGACUUCCGUUACGCCCUUUUGCAGCUCAGAGAUUGCGUGUGGCAAAAUAAAAACAUAACCCCAUUAGGAAGAGCGACGACCGACACGAGCCAACUUAUACUUACUCUGGCAUCCUCUAUGACAACACUUGCCCAAGUAGAGAAGACACUUGAUCCAUUACUGUCGCAGUCUAAAAUGGACUACAUCCGCCGCAUCAGAUGGGGUCUCGCAGAUAGCGACCUCGCAAAACUUCUUACCCGCAUUCAGAGUCAUAAACUGACACUGAAUCUUCUCCUUACGAUAUGGUUGAGCCAGUCAGCUGCGCAAGCAGAGGCUUCGAACGACCUCUUAAACGACACUUUAAAAGAUCUUCUAGAUCCACGAUACAGGCGCCCUCCGCAACCUUUGGAUCCAUCAAUAGAUAACGUCCUACAUGGCGGCUCGUCGGGGGAUAUUUCCCACACAUUAAUCCUUGUUAAUCAAGGGGCCUCCACUACGGCAGGUGGGGAAACUGCCUCCCUGAUGACUGUUAAGAAGCCCUUUAGCGUUAUUUCGGGCAAGUCCUUGAGAUCCAAACUGCGAAACACCAAACCGUACGCCGGCACCAAAGCUUUUGAUAGUUCGGCCCAGUCCGUCCUUACAUCUCAAAGAGCAACUCCAUGGUCUGAAUUCACAAUCGGUUCGGAUGCAUCAGUAUUUUCUUUGCCCUUUAGCAGGUUAGACCUUGAUACAAAGAGGAUUUCUGAGGUAAAAGAAAUACAUCGGAUAUCCUUGCCGAUCGAUGGGAUGACGUUUUACAACGACUGGCGAUACCCGGGGGGGAAUAUUCCACCAGAGUUGCCAGAGGUUGGUUUAUGUAUCCUACUAUCGAUCUUCGGGCUUAAACCGAAAAUUCGAAGAGAUGGAAUGAACGAAUCCAGAGAUCUACCGGCCUUCUCGCAUUACAAUAAGAAAUCACCAUUGAUCGCCCGGGAGUUGAGUAAAAAGCUCUCCCGCUAUCCUAGGGUUUCCAGAAUAUAUUCCAGCUUCUUGAGGGACAAGCUAGAUUUGGCUAUCUCUAAUAAUGAUUUACACCUGGUGGGGCUGCUUUUAUCUUGGAGCGCUCAAAAACGCUUUGGCGUUUGGAUUGGGACUGAAUUGGUGGAGGCAUUUAAAAACGCAAUCCGCAGAGGAAAUAGCCACAUCGUUGAGCUAUUCUUAGAAUGGGGGGCGCAUAUUGAAGUACAGCAGAAAGAGCCAGAGCACAGUAUAAUUGACUUGGUACUAGAAUCGCGCAGAAACAGGAUAAUCGAGCUAUUUCUUCUCUAUGGGCUUGACACCGAGAAGGGCUACGGAAAUCCACCAUGCACUCCACUACAGGUAGCGGCGAUGGGGAGAUACAGCGAUUCUGUUGGUGUUGCGAGAUGCCUUUUGCACUUGGGCGCGGAUAUUGAAGGGUUCUGUAAAGAGAGGCCUCAGACACCACUGGAGCUGGCCGUGAACAGCGGAAAAGGCGAGAUGAUCCAGUUUUUGCUUCUCCGGGGGCCAAUGCCUCGAAGACGUACGGCAACCCACCGCGCACACCACUACAGGCAGCGGCAAUGGGGACAUACUCAAAUUCCGUUGGCAUUGCGCGCUGCCUUUUGGCUCGGGGAGUGA